UAGACCCGCUCGACAUCCAUUGCUUUCCUCCUCUCCAAGGUUCUAAUAGUCAUCAUUGUCACCGAUGUCCCACUGGGUGUGAGUUUUCCUUGCCCUUGUGUGGGCCUACCGAGGAUGUCGUAGUGGUUUGUGCAGCCCUUUGAGACACUAGUGAUUUAGGGCUAUAUAAGUAAACAUUGAUUGAUUGAUUGAAAACUACCAUGAAAGUGCUACCUCUAAAAAGACUGAAGUCCCGCCAUACAUAAAAGAGCUGCUCAGUUCGAUCACUGAAGACCUGUCUGCAAAGCAUGGCUUGGAAGCAGGAGUGGGAGUCCGCCGGGCCCACAAGUGCCCACUGUUUCACCCAGGACCCUGUAGCAGCAUUAAAGGAGAGGAAGUGCCACACCGGCAAUGGACUCUGAUGAACCGCAUGCCAACUGUGGUCGGCUGCUUUACAUCAUCUUUGAGGUAGUGGUGGCCUGGCAAACAGAGCAUCAUGUGAGUUUGGGGGGCCGAAGCAGACCGCUCACCACAUAAUCACCGCUUUCCCCCUUUAGAAACCACCUUUGGAGGUCGGUCUCUUCGAUGUGGGACCUGAGAAAAGGCGUGGCUAUACGUCACUGAGCUGGACAUCUGAUGAUGACACACGGAAGAAGAAGAAGGGAGGGCUCCGUCAUUCAUCCCUCAGAGGAGCGGCGCCUCUCUGCCAUGUCAGACGGACGCGGACGGUGCCUGGAAGCGAUGUGAGGGAUCCACGGGAGUGAGCACUUUCAUGUCUCUCCCGCUCAACCCCACUGCGAGCUUCUCCUGUUUAGGAUGCGUCCUCCUCUCCUCCGCGGCGCGGUGACCUCGGUCUGCCUGUCCGUCCUAGCGCUCCUCCGCUGGGCUCAGCCUGCUGCCGUGCACCGCGGAGAAAACAGUUCACUGCACAGUUAUGAGCUCACCAAUCCAAUAUGGUUGCAUGCUCACGGACACAGCAGAGAGCAUCCUGCGGAGACCCAAGUCGUCAUCUCAGCCGAGGGCCAGGAUCUCAAGCUGCACCUGGAGAGAAACGAGCAGCUGUUGAGCCCUGAAUAUCAGGAAGUAUGGUACACUCCAGAUGGAAGACGCAGGUCCUCCACCCCUGUCAACAUGAAUCACUGCUUGUACCAUGGAGAGGUUUUGGGUGUUGAAGGUUCCAGUGUCGCGGUCAGUACUUGCUCAGGUCUCAGGGGAAUAAUUUCUCUAAACACAAGCGUCAGCUACCUCAUUGAGCCCGUCUCCACGGAUACGCCUCAGCACGCUGUUUUCCGAGCAGAGAGCCUCACUCUACCUCCAAGUAACUGCCUGCAGCAUCACAACAUCAAGGACCAGCUUGAAAACUUCCUCCAUGGAAUGACAUCACAACAGAGGUUCAGGGAAAGAAGAGACCUGAGUCGGAAUAUGAAAUAUGUGGAGCUGUUGCUGGUAGCAGACAAAGCUGCGUUUGUCAAGCAUGGGAGUAGUCUCGAGAACACCAAACUGAAAUUACUGGAAGCUGCCAAUUUGGUGGACAAGUACUACAAGGCUUUGCGUAUCCGUGUGGCCCUGAUUGGUCUGGAGGUGUGGACCAGCCAGGACAUGAUCGCCAUAUCCGACAAUCCUCACAGCACCCUGGCGGCGUUCCUGUCCUGGAGACGCAAGCAGCUCAACGCGCUCCCCAACGACAACGCUCAACUCAUCACGGGGAGCUCCUUCCAGGAUACCACCAUCGGACUGGCACCCCUCAGAGCCAUGUGCUCAGAAUACCAAUCUGGGGGAGUAAACACAGACCACUCGGAGUCAGCUGUUGGGGUCGCUGCCACCAUGGCGCACGAAAUAGGCCAUAACUUUGGAAUGAGUCAUGACAGCGUUGGAUGCUGCCAGGCCAAAGAUGAGGACGGGGGUUGCAUCAUGGCAGCUGCUACUGGACACCCUUUCCCAAGCGUGUUUAACGCUUGCAACAUGCGGGAGCUGAAGAGCUACCUAAGCUCAGGAGGAGGCAAGUGUCUGUUCAACGUACCUAACACCAGAUCCAUGUACGGAGGGCAGCGCUGUGGCAACGGCUACCUGGAGGAUGGCGAGGAAUGUGACUGUGGCGAGGAGGAGGAGUGUACCAGUCCCUGCUGUAACGCAAACAACUGCACUUUAAAAGCCGGAGCCGAGUGCGCUCAUGGCGUCUGCUGCCAUGACUGCAAGCUGAAGAGUCCCGGGGUGCUGUGUCGCGCCCCAUCUGGUCAGUGUGACCUGCCAGAGUACUGUGACGGAAAGGCGGAAUCUUGUCCUGCAAACUUUUAUUUGGUGGAUGGGACGUCAUGUGCAGACGGGAAGGCUUACUGCUACACUGGCAUGUGUCUCACACUGGAGCAACAGUGCCGCUCGCUGUGGGGACGAGAUGGCCGUCCAGCUCCUGACGUGUGUUUUAAGAAGGUCAACGAGGCAGGAGACAUGUAUGGGAACUGUGGCAAAGAUCUCUUUGGGAAGUACAGGAGCUGUAAGGACAUAGACGCCAAAUGCGGGAAGAUCCAAUGUUUGUCCUCAGCAUCCAAGCCGAUAGAGAGCAAUGCGGUGCGCAUUGAGACCACCGUGAGUGUGGGCAACAAGAGGGUGCAUUGCAUGGGGACACACGUCUACAUGCCUGGUCAGAGAGACGAGGAGGCGCAGGGAGACACUUUGGACCCAGGCCUCGUCAUGACGGGAACUAAAUGUGGUGACGACUCGAUUUGCUUCAAUGGAGAAUGCCGGAACGCAUCUUUCCUCAGGGCUGAUGACUGCAAUGCUAAAUGUAACGGACACGGGCUGUGUAACAACAACCACAACUGCCACUGUGAGAGUGGCUGGGCUCCUCCUCUGUGUGUCCAGAGGGGGGCGGGAGGUAGUGUGGACAGUGGACCUGUCAUCGGUCACAGCCACCUUCUUCUCAUCCUGCUGGUCCUUCCUCUGGUUAUUUUCCCUCUGCUGGCUGUUGGACUGUGGUGCUGCCACAAACAUAAACUGCAUCCCCUUAAGAGCUCAUCACCAGCACCUGUACCAAGUUGUUCGGUGCCUGUGGAAGCCAGACCUCUGCACGCCGAGGUCCAUGUGAACGGUCACGCCAACCCCACAUUCCUGUUGAAGAAGCAAGACUCAGGCCGGCAGGUUUAUUCACUGCGCUCCAAACACGCUAUGACGCGUCCUGCGGUGAAACCACCACCUGUACCGCUUCAGAAGCGAAAGCCUCCCGCACCCCCAGGACCUGCACCGGCCUCACCUACUGAACCCCGACCAGAACCACCUAACAGACCUCCACCGCCUUGUCCUCAACCAAGCGGCCAACCGGUCACCCUUAAUGCAUUGCUAAGGGGGAAAGCUGCUUUGGCGCCCUCUGCCGGACAUAAAAAUGCAAACAGAUCUUGAAUCUCAGGAAGAUGUCAGGGACCAAGUCAUCACUUAAAAAAAACAUACUUUACUUGACACUCGACCUGUGGACUGCAUUUGAUUUAUACAGCAGCUCAGCGAGGAAAAUGUGAAUUCUUUGAAAAUCUGGAGUAUUUAUGCCCAAAACAAAAUGAAUGUUUACAGUAACUAAUAAACAUGGUGCUUCUGGAAGAAAGAGCAUCAGCUGUAAAUGAAUAUCUUAUAUUAAGAAAAUAACGCUGAAGUGCUUAUUAUUAUUCUUUGGUGGGAUUAGAACUGGACCUACCUGUAGUUAGUUAGGUGAUACAAAAAGCACGGGGCAGAAAUGUAGCAUUUUUUUUUUUAAGUUGCUUUUUUACAUCUUAAUUUCAAAGUAAUCAAUUAGUAUAUUUCUAAUACAUACAAUUCCUAUUACAUUUUCAUAUAUAUAAAUACAUGUUGCUUUUUUUUAUUUAUUUGUACAAUAGAAUUGAUUGUAGGCAACGCAACGUGAAAGCUUUGUCGGAAUUCUCGGUACUAUUAAAACUUUGGAAAGUAAUUGAUGUUGUAUCGUAAGUAAUAUGAAAAUAUUGAUGCUGCCAAAUGCCAUCUUUCUCCAAAUAACUUCUAUGCAAACUCAGGCUCUGUCACUUCAUUUUUUUUUUUUUUUUCCUGAAAUUCAAUAAAGCAGAUCAUGUUUUGCUUUUCAA